CAUUAUCUGUUGUAGACUAUUCUCAGAUUGAUCCUCAAGCUCUUCAAAUUGAACUUGAAGCCAAAAUUAAGCUUGGAGAGAAGCUUUUAUCACUUUUAUGUGAUAAAUCCAAAGUGAGGGGUUGUCAAAAGCUCUUAAAAAGAUUGCAGCAGGAAACAAACUUUCUUCGCAAGGUGUUGGAAAAACGUGAUAUAAAGAUUGAACAUGUGAAGUGUACCAAUUUAGGACACUUGGAGGCGCUAGUCAAUUGUGUAUUGGAACACUGUGAUGGGUGUAGUGCAAUAUUGGAAACAUUGGAGCUGCGAACUGGUUCUGGAGAUAGCAAGAGAGUUUGCGUUGAUAUUAUUGCUGACCAGGGUCAAACAUGGAUAAAAGUGGUCGCCCGGAACCCAAAAGCACUUUCAUUAUUGUCUGCAGGAGAAGGUGAAUAUGGACAACGAACAGUAACAGAUCAGGCCAAGGAAUUUCUAGCAUGUGCCAGCCAACAUCCAUAUCAUUUCAAAAUUCCGAGAGUUGCUUUCUUUUUUGCAAGUGGCAUAGAAUUACCCCUAGCAAACACUUUAGAGAAACUUGGUAUUGAAGUAAGAGGAGAAAGAGUUGAAAAUGAAAAUUGCCUCCAUGCAGAAGAUUCAGAAUUUGAUGAUGCAUCCAAUUCAGAUCAGGAUUGUGGGGAAAGAUAUGAAAAUUAUGAUGAUAAUAGAGAGUACUCUAACAAUGUUGAAGUUAAUGACAGUUCAAGAUCAGAAGAGAGAUUAAACCUUGACGUAACAGCAAUGAUUGCCUAUGUAUCAUCCUUGACAAAUGGUGGUUGCCAUUUCAAAUUUAAGGAGCCACUUUUAACACAACAAGCUGAGUGGGAGAGGGAAAGACCAGCAAAGCCACUUUUAGACAAGGCUUUCCAAGGAAGAGAACUUUUUUGCUGCAGUACUGCUUACAAAGACUUUCAAAGUAUUAUAGCAACUCUAGGAGGACCAGCUGAGAAAAAGAGAGCAGAGAUUCUUCUUCAACGAAUUUCUGUUGUUCCUGACCAAAUAUCAAAACGAACAGAUCAAUAUCUGAAAGAAGGUGGAAAAGUUAAAGCAAGGUCAAGAAAAAUAUUUGGUACUGGAGAUGAACUUCGUGCAAUAACUGUUACCGCAAAUGAGGGGUUUGUAAGAGCUGCAAAAUCACAGGGCCUAUCCUACGCUGUACUAGUCCAUGAAUCUCGUGCAUUAUCUGAAAGUAAGGAAGCCUCAGCUGAGCCCACCUAAAGAAGAAGUAUGUUUAGAAAGUAUUGAAGUGUUUGUUUUUAGUGAGUAAUCAUUAAAAACAACCUUCAGUCAUUUGUUUAAAGCUAAGUAAAAGAAUCAAAAGUUUCAACAGGGUUUACAAUGCUUAAAACAAACAUGUGUAUAUAUAUUUUUUUAAGGUGUUACUUGUCCAUUGUGAUAAGGACCAAGCCAUUUUUCAUCUGUUUGAAUAAUUGUGCAGUAAUAUUUGCAUCAAUUUAUUAUUUUACAUGUCUUUGAAAUGUACAUUGAACCAAUAUUUAUUUAUUCUCCUUCUUUAUAUGAGAACUGAAUAACUGCUUUGUGAUUCUGCUUCGAAUGUGAUAAAUAUUUCUAGCCAACAAAUUUCUCAAUAAACUGAUAAACCAAAAGUGCCCCUUCA